UCGUCGCUUUUGUUAUUUUUUCAAUCUCUGCCAGCCACUUGCUGCCUUGGCUUGUUCUCUGACUUUUACAAGUGUAUAACUAUUGUUUUUACAAUAUUUGACUCUUAUUACUUAGUAAUCGGUGUUUUUAUCCUGUGAGAACAUAUUAAUUUACUAGUUACAUCAAGUGAAAUCUGUCAAGUCCAGAUGUUAGAAGAGCAAACGGCAACAACCUCGUUUUGUGUCAACAAAAUAUAAACAGUGAUCGGGACGAGUUACGGAACAAAAAGCGUAUAGUGAUGAAUUAAACAAUGGUCUAAACUGGAUAUUGGAGAAUGGGCUUCAUUCACUCGCGCCACUGGAUUAUUGGAACUUGAAUUUUGUUGCGACUUCACCCACAUAACGUUUAUGUUUAACUGCCAGCCAUGAUGGGGACCAGACUGUACAAAGUCGCUGCUUUAAUACUACUCGGAACUCUGAGCAAGGGGCAACUGCCCGAAGAUGAGUUCAGGAUAGUCAACAGACAAGAUCUGGCGUCCGACAGCGAUAUGUUCGAAGAUAACAGCACUAAGUCAUUUUCGCAAUUGCUGUUCGAUGUGGCAAGGGACCAGCUGAUCGUGGGCGCAAGGGAUACGCUGUACCGCCUCUCACUUCGGGGCCUGCGGCCGCUAGAGCGCGCUGACUGGCCAGCACCUGCUAACAAGUCGAAGCUGUGCCAAGACAAAGGCCAGACGGAGGACGAUUGCCACAACUACGUCAAAGUGCUGCUCAGCUACGGCCACAAACUGUUCGCUUGCGGGACUAAUGCGUUCAGCCCCGAGUGCAGCUGGAGAGAGAUCGAGUCAAUAAACACGGUGACGGAAUGGGUGUCCGGCGUCGCGAACUGCCCGUACAAUCCGCACUCGAACGUUACCACGAUCUUGUCCGGCAGUGGCGAGUUCUAUGCGGCCACUCCUACCGACUUCGCCAGUUCGCAGACCGCUAUUUACAGGACGCGUGGCGCCUCAGCUCACAACUCGGGCACGCUCCGCACCCGCGAAUACGACCUCACUUGGCUCAACCAGCCAGAGUUCGUUGGCAGCUUCGAAGACGACUUCUAUGUAUACUUCGUGUUCAGAGAGUACGCUGUCGAGUUCAUGAAUUGUGGCAAGGCCAUAUACUCCCGCAUCGCCCGAGUUUGCAAGAACGACGGCGGCAGUCAGCUGUACCGAGACAACUGGAGCACAUUCCUGAAGGCGCGCCUCGCGUGCUCCGUGCCUGGCGACGUGCCCUUCCAUUAUGACGAGGUGCAGGGCGUCGAGUAUCUCCCGCAGGAGAAGCUUCUAGUUGCCACCUUCACUACUCCCAGAAACGGUAUAGCCGGCAGUGCUGUAUGCAUAUACAACAUGUCGGACAUCGAUGCUGCAUUUGAAGGCCCGUUCAAGGUUCAAAGCACCCCGACGUCGUCCUGGGAACACAGAACGCCUUCUACUUGGGCAAGGGAGCACUACAGAUGCGUACAAAAUCCAAGAAAUCAACAAAGUCUGGAGUACCACAACUACAUGCUAAUGCACUACCCCAUCCAGCCCAUAUCUGACGAGCCUGUCUACCGCAUCACCUCUGACCGGUUCACCCAUGUCACCGUCGACGUGGCACAGUCCAAGAAUGUUGGCAAACAGUUGGUGUUGUUCGUGGCCACUCAGGAUAGUGAUGUGUUGAAAUUGGCUGUGUUGCCGCGGUAUGAUGGCGCGUGUUUAGUGGAGAGGUGGAGGUUGAAGGAUGGGAAGGGAUUCGCGGUGCGGGCCAUGCAGUUUGUUAAAGAUACGAUGUCGCUAUACAUCGGCAACGAUAACGGCGUUCUGCGUAUCGGUAGCGAGCGCUGUUCGCGGCACGCCCGCCGCUCCGGCUGCGUGGGCGCGGCGGACCCGCACUGCGGGUGGGACGACGCCCGCGACACCUGUGUGCGGACAUCGACGCAUCUACAUGACGCGUACUUCGUGCAGAAUACUGCUAGCUGCCCGGAGAAGACUGCACCAGUGGACGGCGGCUGGUCGUCAUGGUCGCAAUGGGAGCCGUGCAUGCAGGACGGAACGUCGCACUCUGUGUACGGGGACGAGAAGCCAGACAUGUGCAUGUGCCGCACGAGGAAAUGUGACAACCCCAAACCGGUGAACGGCGGCCGGACGUGUGAAGGCGCAAGCAUAUCGGUAACUAACUGCACGGUGCACGGCGGAUGGUCGGCGUGGUCAGGCUGGUCGGAGUGCUCUGCAUCUUGCGGCAUCGCAGUGAAGUCGCGGCGACGUGCCUGUACCGCGCCUGAACCUAAACAUGGCGGCCGCGUGUGCGUCGGUCAAGAUACUAACGACCUGUACUGCAACAACCUGCCGCCCUGCCCCGAUCCAGCGCUAGCUCCAGUAGACGGCGGCUGGUCAGCCUGGGGCCCCUGGUCCGCGUGCGCCGCGGCCGGCGGGCCGGGCUGCGGGCCCUCCGCCGGCUGGAAGGAGCGCAAGCGCACCUGCACCAACCCUGAACCUAAAUAUGGCGGCGCCGACUGCGAGGGCGGCAAGGUGGACCGUCAGGUCUGCGACAUGCGGCCCUGCGAGAUCAGGAAAGGAACUGCUUGGACACCAUGGGUGCAGAUACCGGGUAAUGCUUCGGAUGGCAGUUACACCGAAAAGAGGUUUAAAUUCUCAUGUAAGGCGCCAUCUCCGGAACAAGUAAAACUGACACUCGCCCGUGAAGAAGAACGCUACUGCGACCCUCAAGGCCUAUGCGUAUCGGCAGACGACGCAGGCUGGGAGCCGUGGGGCGCGUGGGGCGCCUGCUCUGCCUGCGGCGGCGGCCAGCAGGCGCGCCGGCGCCGCUGCAGGCGGCCACCCUGCGCCGGAGCACAGGACAUGCUCCGUGCUUGCAACGUUCACGCUUGUUCAGGUGAAUGGUCGUGCUGGUCAGAUUGGAGCCCGUGCACUAGCAGCGACAGCCGCGGCGGGUGCGGCUCGGCCGGGCGGCGCUCGCGCACGCGCACGUGCCGCUCGCGCGAGGGCUGCGCCGACGCGGGCGCCGCGCUCGAGACGCGCGUCUGCGUGCUGCCCUGUGCAGAAUCGGAAGGCAACUGGAGUGCGUGGGGCGAGUGGAGCGAGUGUGAGAACAAUGAGCGGACCCGGCGGCGCAGCUGCGACAGUGGCGCCUGCUCCGGAGCCAUGCUGCAGGUGGCGCCCUGUGACAACGACGACAUGAGUAACGAACUAUACGCGUUGCCCGCUUACAGCGACAGCGUAGAAAUGGCCUCGUUCGUGAGGGCGGGAGACUCGCUCAGUGUAGGAGGCAUCGUCGGCUGCGUAGUAGCUGCCUUUGCUAUGGGCUGCCUAGUGUGUUUGGCGGGGGUGAUAUACUUCCAAAGACGCGGUACGCGCCUGCCGUGGCGACGGUCGACUCGCGUGCCUUCUAGCCCGCAUUAUAUUACGGCCAAGCAGAACAGCUAUGUCACAGUCCCGUUGAAGGAUGUUCCUCGCAAAGCAAAGCGCCAACCAUCAUUCACGGGCAUCGGCAACUCUAGCGGCAUCCUACUCUCCAAAAGCAACAACAUCUCGAACGCGAACAACCACAACAACACUGCGACCACACCGAAACUGUACCCCAAGGCCAUCGCUAACGAAUACGACUCCAUGGGUACGCUGCGCCGGCAUUCCAACCAGCCUAAUAAUAGGAACAACCUUGACAGUGAGGAGGACAAGUUUUAUUAGCUCGUAGUUAGCCCGCGGGUUUACCCGUUUAGGUUUUCUUUUUACAAUUCGUAGUGAGCUAAUAAGGCCUAGUUACCCUUCGGGUUGGAAUGUCAGAUGGCAAUCGCUUUCGUAAAAAUCUAGUGCCUACGCCAAAUCUUGUGAUUAGUUGUCAAAAGCGGACCCCAGGAGCUGUGACAAAUGGAGGGAUAACGCAAGGAGGAUGAUGAGUGAGACAAUAUAGCUCGCUCAUAAGGCUUGUUGACUCAGGUAGUCGUUAUUUAAGCAACAAAUCUUGGGAUAUAGUUUUGUCUCUAGUUUCAAGCAAUGGCAGUGAAUCAGUAGCGAUCUCGACAGCUGCACUUUUGUUGCACGUCGCGCUGCGCGUUGAUCGCGCGCGAUCAUUAGGUCUUGGUUAUAAAAACAUGGAGAUCGAUUACAGGAUCAUGUUGAAUAUUGUAAACGGGACUUAAUCGAAAGUUUUAAAUCAGUGUUUGAGGAUCAUGUUGGUUAUACAACUAACCAACUUGACGAAUAUAAUUUUGUGCUACUUUUGUAGCUGCAAAGACACGAACAGACAAACGCUUCCAGUUUCAUAUUGCAGUCUAAAUAUGGCGGAAACGUGUCAAAGUCAAGGACGGUAGUGCUUUAUUAGAUCUCUGAUGGGAAUAUUUUAUGGGGCAAUAUUAGCCUUGUGUUCCGUUGGCGAUGACACAUGACACUGGUUGCAACCGAUGGGGUUUGACGUUGUGUGCCUUAAAUAUGGGUAUUAGUAGAUAGUAAGAAAUAGCGUUAUUUUACAAUUUUUUAGCAUUGUUGGAAACGACAUGUUUCUGUUUGAGAAGCAAUAGACGCUGUUACAAAAUUAAAUAUUGACAUUUAAUGACUAAUUUAAUUAUUUUGAAUUUUUGCCCUACUAGUUAUUACGGGUUGUUGUAAAAUAUUGUGUGUUUGAAUGAUUCCUUGUAUUGUUAAUGUGAUAGCGAUUAUGAAUGAGUGAAUUUUAUGAAAAAUCCAGUGCCAUGGUGAUUAAAAUUGUAAAAAUAAUCUAUUUUUAUAAAAUCUUGAAUAGUAAGCUUAUUAAGUUAAAUAAUUACAACUGUAAAUAUUAUUGCUACUAAAAUUAGGCAUUUCCAAUAUGACAAAGCCAAUCAUGUGCCAUGUAAAUAAGAUAAAAUUAAUGUAAAUAGUAAUUAUUUAAGAUAUAUCAAAUUUAUAUAUAUUUACACAUAGUCCUUAGUACAAAAUCAGGUGCCUUGGGAUAUUAUGUAUACAUACAAUGAUUAUAUACGCAAGUUAUAGCUGAAAACUAUAGUUUUACUUAUAUUAUUGAAUGUUGACAAUACGACAUUGAGCAUGACUCAUGUUGAGUCGAAGUAUUUUAUUAUAAUUGUUACUUUCCAUUAGAUAAGGAACCUUACGUUUCAUAUGCCUAAACAAUUUACCAGAAAAGGGUCUUCCAACUUAUAAUGUUGGUAAAGUGCUUAUGCACUUGAAGGGUAGGGGUCCUUCUCUAAAGGAAAGCCACUAUUUUAUGUUUUAAGGUUACCUGAGAUAGUUGUGUCCGUGGAGUGUUGCUUUUUGUACAGGUACAAAUAUAUGGAAAAGGCAUGGAGUAAUUCCAGCGAAGAAACGUCCUUAUACUUUCCAGAUUUUGGUUAUCGAAGCAAUUGCUCCUUGGACCCAAUCACCUCAGAAAUUACAUAAAAACAAUAGGAUAUUUUUAGUAAGGCGACUGAUCGUAGGAAUGUAAAACAUUUUCUUUUUAUUUUGAUACCUUCGGUACACGGAGAUAACUGCUCCACGAUAUAUUUUUGUAUUUUUAUAUGAAUAUUUUUGUUUUUGUUUGUCUAUUAAUUUUUGUUUAAAAUAAUUAAUUUUUAUAACUAACAAUCCCUAUCGUCAUCGUCGGUUUUUAUUUAGAGUAGCCCUGGAGGUGUUUUAUCCGGGUACAUCGUGUUUUUAAGGAUGGCUCAUACAACUGUAAUGAAUGUAAUGAUACAUUACAUUAAGGUACAGCGGGGCAAAUCUCGACUGGGGGUCAAAUGUAACUGGUCCAUUUUUUCAUAUUUUACAAUGUUUGCAUUAUUAAACAGAGUGUCAACCGGUUAUAUUAUAUAUGUUAGUGUCACAGAGAACCUCCUAUAGAGUAGCAGUCUUGUAUAUUUUGUUCGCGAUAAGAGUCACCAGUGCCAGGGGUGCGAGGAGCGGGCGGGGAAUGUGUU